AUGAGCUGCUGCGUGGACCCCUCCCCUGCUACAGACGCAUUUAUACUGGCCCUCAGUGACGCUGCAACGUCACGUCAGCCUCUCAGUCUGAGCCGUCAGAGGUCCACAGAGCUGCAGCAUUAUGGCACCGACAAAGAAGGGCGUGCUGGAGCGUCUCGACGCCGGGGAGAUCGUGAUCGGCGACGGGGGCUUCGUGUUCGCGCUGGAGAAGAGAGGCUACGUGAAGGCGGGUCCCUGGACGCCAGAGGCCGCUGCCGAGCACCCGGAGGCAGUGCGACAGCUGCACAGGGAGUUUCUCAGGGCCGGCUCCAACGUCAUGCAGACCUUCACCUUCUACGCAAGCGAUGACAAACUGGAGAACAGAGGCAACAAACUCACCUUCACUGGAGCCCAGAUCAAUGAAGCCGCCUGCGACUUGGCCCGCGAGGUCGCCAACGAAGGCGACGCUCUGGUUGCCGGAGGAGUGUCUCAGACUCCAUCCUACCUGAGCUGCAAGAGUGAGAAGGACGUGAAGGCCACCUUCAAGAAGCAGCUGGACGUGUUCAUCAAGAAGAACGUGGACUUCCUCAUCGCUGAGUACUUCGAGCACGUGGAAGAGGCCGUGUGGGCUGUGGAGGUGCUGAAGGAGACGGGGAAGCCGGUGGCUGCUACUCUGUGCAUCGGCCCAGAGGGAGACAUGCACGGCGUCGCGCCGGGGGAGUGUGCAGCCAGGCUGGUCAAGGCCGGUGCCCGGAUCGUUGGGGUCAACUGCCACUUUGACCCUAUGACCUGCGUAAACACUGUCAAGAUGAUGAAGGAGGGAGUGGAGAAGGCCGGGCUGAAGGCUCACUACAUGGUGCAGCCGCUGGCCUAUCACACCCCUGACUGCAACUGUCAGGGAUUCAUCGACCUGCCAGAGUUCCCCUUUGGUCUGGAGCCGAGGAUCCUGACCCGCUGGGACAUGCACCGCUACGCCAGAGAAGCCUACAACGCUGGCAUCCGCUACAUUGGCGGCUGCUGCGGGUUCGAGCCCUAUCACAUCAGGGCGGUGGCAGAGGAGCUGGCCAAGGAAAGAGGCGUCCUCCCAGACGCGUCAGACAAGCACGGCAGCUGGGGGGCUGGUCUGGAGAUGCACACCAAGCCCUGGGUCAGAGCCAGAGCACGUCGUGACUACUGGGAGAACCUGAAGCCGGCCUCUGGCCGGCCCCAGUGUCCGUCCCUGUCUGUCCCUGACGGCUGGGGGGUGACGAAGGGCCACGCCGAUCUCAUGCAGCAGAAGGAGGCCACCUCUCAGGACCAACUCAAGCAGCUGUUUGACAGGUCAAAGAGCCACUGACUGCCUCCACAUCUGGGUCAGGCAGCUGUGCGUGGAGCUACUGAUGAUUGUAAACUGUGCUGCAAUAAACAUGUUGCCAGGGACCGAAUCCUCGCCGGAGACUGCCACUAUUCAUCCGCUGAUUGUGAAGCUGUAUAAAAUGUAAAACUGUUCCUGUGCAACAAGUGUAUUUUCUUAAAACCAGGCUCUGUGGAUCAGGACGUUUUCAUUUUCCAUGACUCUGGACCAGCUUGUUAAAUUAAAUGGGAUAAUUUGCAAUUGUAGUGUCCUGCUUAAGAAUUUUAUACGAACACAAUGAAUUUCGACUUAAACACAUCAAAGCAGAAUAAAGGUUCGAGGCAUGAACAGAAUAUUCCAAAAAAGUAUGCAAUAAAUCAGGAAUCCAGCAGAGGUCUG